AUGCAGGACGUCUCGGCACCUACUGAGUCCUCAUCAGACGAGGCGAAUAUGUGGUCCACCGCCAGUAUCGAGCCCAAGUUUAGCGAGCUUCUAGGUGCGUUGGACGAUGCUGCCUUUACGCAUAACAUUUCCACCUACGAGGGGUUUGGUUCUUUUCACUCUGGAAAUGUCGAGGACAUCAUCGCCAGGAGGAGUGAAGCGUACCACCCCCCACGGCUGCCGCCCUUCGCGAAGAGAGUGCUGGGGCACAGUGAGCUCUGUCAGCUUGGGGCUGCGAAGGAUGAGGAGGAAAAGAUGGGGAUUUGGAACCGGCCUGUUCAGCGGUGCGAAUUUGGCCUUCCCUUUCGUCAGGAGCACUUUUCAGUCACACCUGAGUAUGUCUUCAUUAAUCAUGGCGCCUUUGGAGGGACGCUUCGCGGCGCCUUGGCGAUCAAACACGGCUACGAGGAACUGAUGGAACGGCAGGUGGUGGAGUACAUGGAUCGAGAACUGCUGCCGAUUGUUGUGUACAGUGUGAGACGGCUGGCAGAGUUUUUGAACGCGAACCCGAAACAAAUUGUGUUGCUUCAAAAUGCAACUUUUGCGCUGAACUGUGCGAUGCAGUUGAUUGGAAAGGACGAUGUUGUUGUGUUUUUCGACACCGAGUACCUUUCUGUGUACAAGAUGAUGUACUUCCGCUGCAAGCAGGUGGGCGCCACCCUGCAUGAGGUUCCACUUACAAAGUAUUUGCAUGAUACCUCCAUUAUGGGCGACGAUGUGGCCCUCACAGAGGAAAUAUGUAGACAGUUACCAAACGGCUGUACAGCUGCUGUAUUUGAUUACGUUACAUCCACCACCGCUCUUUGCAUGCCGGUGUUUACACAUCUUAUCCCCGCACUGAGGCGUCGUGGGGUGACAACGAUUAUUGUGGAUGGAGCGCACGCCCCGUUGCAGCUGCCUUUGAACUUUAAUGAGCUAGCGGCGGAGUCGAUGCCAAGUGUAUUUGUUGGAAAUCUUCACAAGUGGUUUUCCAUUCCCAAGUCAGUCGGAUUUAUGUGGGUUCACAAUUCACUUUUAGGCUCGUUUUACUCUGUUGUUCGUUCCCAUGGUGCUGGUGAUGGAUUUCUCUCGGAGUUUAUAUGGGAUGGCACACGCGACUACGGCGCAUAUCACUGUGUUCCAGCAGUUAUUGACUUUUGGCGUAUACAGGGGAUUGAGCGUGUACAAAAUUAUUGUGCCCACUUGCUCCAAUCAGCUGCAAAAAUGCUUACAUCCCACUUUGGCACGCGACCGGUGGCUCGGCAUGCCCCUUUUAUGUCUCUUGUGGAGCUGCCGGAGGCGUUGCAGGGUCCGUACUUGACGGCAAAGUACCUUCAGGACCUCCUGCAUGACGUAUAUAGGCUGGAAGUCCCCAUCAAGCGGGUGGAGGGACGCUUCUACGCACGCAUCAGCGCCUUCGUCUAUAAUACUCCUGGCGAGUACGUGUACCUGCGUGAGGCGGUUUUGGGCAUUGCCCGUAAUUGUCUGAUCUUGGAACAGCAGCGGCGCUUGCUUCCGCAAGAGGCUGGCAACCCCGUUGACUCCUUGCAGCUUCCGUACGACAAGCGGAUCCGUGAACAGGGUGGGUGUGGCAUGUCUGGGCUUGAGCCAGUGGUGAAGAAACGACGGGGCUCCCAGUUCUGA